AUGUUGCACAAUUUCGUGGCGUACGUAUCCAGAUCCCGACUUGCCGGCAGUGAGGAAGCACUCGAUCGCUUUACAAAGGGACUUCAAGAUGACAUUCGUGCACAUGUAGUGACCCGGUUCCCUUCAACAUCAGCAGAAGCUCAACGCAUAGCAUUGGCUUAUGAAAGUGCACGCAACAUUCGUCAUGAGUUGUUGUCCAACACAACACCUCUCGUCAAGAUACACGACCUCCUGAAUACUUGCGUUCUGAUGGUGUCGCACCUAUGGAUCUUGAUGUCAUUCGCAACCACUUUUCAACAAAGAUGGCGCAACAAUGGUGGACAGCCAGGCUUUCGGUCUUAUCACCCAACAAGUAGCAUGCAUGACAAACAAUGUUACAAUUGUGGUGGUAUGGGCCAUGUCGCUCGUUUGUGUCCAUCACAACCCAAUUCGUCUUCUCGUGGUGCUGGUCGUGGUCAACAAGCUGGCGAUUUUAAAGGCAAAGCGCGGAAGGAGUGA